AUGCUGGUUGCCGACGUGGAGAAGAUGUUUCGGCAAAUCUUUAUUCAUCCGGAGGAUCGACAUCUUCAAUGUAUACUUUGGCGUUUCGACAUCGGUGCAGUAGUUGACGAGUAUAAACUUAAUACUGUCACCUACGGGACCAAACCUGCUCCGUUCCUAGCGACACGCACUUUCAAUCGGCUGGCAGCUGAUGAAAAGCUGCAGUACCCGCUGGCUGCCAGAGCAGUUACUGAAGAUACGUACAUGGACGACGUUAUCACAGGAGCGGAUACAAUUGAAGCAGCAAGCGAGCUUCGGAAGCAGUUAGAGGAUAUGACUUCUAAGGGAGGAUUUCGGCUGAGGAAAUGGGCUUCCAACAAACUGGAGGUACUGGAAGGAGUUGCCGAGGACAAUUUGGCAAUUCGUCUGUCAGAAGGAAUUAACCUGGACCCUGAUCCGACUGUCAAGACACUCGGACUGACUUGGAUGCCGAAUACCGAUCAACUGCGAUUCCAAUUCGACGUGCCGUCAUGUCCCAUCACCUCACAACUGUCAAAACGGCAAGUGCUGUCGGUGAUUGCGUCGCUAUUCGACCCACUGGGACUCAUAGGUGCAGUUAUUACCACGGCUAAAGCAAUAAUGCAGCUAUUGUGGAAGAUCAAGGAUAUCAACAAUCAGGCAUUGGAUUGGGAUCAGCCGUUGCCUUCGACGGUGGGUGAGUUGUGGAGAUCCUAUUAUGACCAACUUCCCAUAUUGAACGACCUCCGUAUCGAUCGCUGUGUGGUGGUUCCCAGAGCGGUAGUGGUCGAAAUCCAUUGCUUCUGCGAUGCUUCGACCAAAGCAUUUGGCGGCUGCGUGUACAUCAGGAGUGAAGACCAUGAAGGAAAAGUGAAAGUCCGGUUGUUGUCUUCGAAAUCAAAGGUGGCACCGUUGAAGACACAAUCCAUCCCAAGACUGGAACUUUGUGGAGCAUUGUUAACAGCACAACUGUACGAGAAGGUUCGUGAAUCAAUCAAAAUUCCUGUUCGAGCGUUUUUCUGGUCCGAUUCCACCUGUGUAUUGCGUUGGAUCCAAGCAUCACCGAAUGUGUGGAACACGUUCGUGGCGAACCGUGUUGCGAAAAUCCAGGCUUGCACAAAUCCAUCACAGUGGCAGCAUGUUUCUGGCAAAGAUAAUCCGGCAGACUUGAUUUCCAGGGGAAUCAAUCCAAAAGAUAUUGUGGAAAAUACAUUCUGGUGGGAGGGACCGGAAUGGCUGAAACGAGAGCGCGAGGGCUGGCCAUGUUCAUCAGCGGAGUUGACUGCGGAAGAAGUAGAUCAAGAGCGACGACGAGAAAUAGUAUCCUGUCCGGUAUCGGUAGAAGCUGAGUUCAACGAUUGGUAUUUGGGGAAAUUCUCGUCCUAUUCGGACCUCAUACGUCGAACUGCGUAUUGGUUGCGGUUAAUGGAGCUACUUAGAACAAACGUGCAGAACCGUGUUACAGCAAGAAGUACUUUGACUACCAGAGAGCUUGAGGCAGCAGAGUUGACAAUAGUUCGAUUGGUCCAGAAGGAAACCUUUGCAGCAGAGUGGAAAGCACUUGUAAGUGGAGGAGAAGUGUCUAGGCGAUCCCACCUUCGUUGGUACCACCCGUACAUCUCAGAAGACAACGUGAUUCGUGUUGGAGGUCGGCUUGAGCAUUCAACGGAGACUCAUGACGCAAAACAUCCGGUGAUUCUACCAGCACGUCAUCAAUUCACUCGGAUGGUUUUGCGGCAUUAUCAUUUGAAACUUCUGCAUGCUGGUCCACAGUUAUUACUCGGAGUGGUUAGGCUCCGAUUCUGGCCAUUAGGCGGUCGGAAUCUGGCUCGUCAUAUUGUACAUCGUUGCAUGAAAUGUUUCCGGUCUAAACCUCCACCAAUUCAGCAGUUUAUGGGUGAGCUGCCACCUUCUCGAGUUAGAGUAUCUAGGCCAUUCUCUCAAACCGGGGUGGACUAUUUUGGCCCACUAUACAUCAGAGGGGCCUCCUUAGCCGUGCGGUAA